AUGAUCUCGUUAGCUCGAAAGGCCAUCAAGGCCAAUCAGCAGCGUAAACAGGCGCAAACGAACCAAGCGCCAAUGGAAUUGCAAGAAACGGGAUCUGACGCUACGAAGCAUGCACCUCAGCAACCGCAAUGUCGACAUAUGGAAGCGUAUGAAUCUACGUCGGGGAAAUGUGCUGCAUGUGCAUCAGAAAAGAAGGCUGCAAGGAUAUAUCGAUGGAAGAUUAUCCUAGGCCUAGUGGCACCCUUUGCUCUCCAAGCACUCGACUCUACAAUCAUCGCCAGUGCUCUUCCAUGGAUUGCGUCGGACUUCGGGGAGAUCUCACAGCUCAACUGGAUUGUCUCAGCAUUCAACCUCACAUCUGCGGCAUUCAUCCCCUUCUGGGCUCAAAUGGCUGAUGUGUUUGGUCGCAAUGCUUCUAUCAAUGCUGCCAUUAUUCUCAUGCUCAUCGGUAGUGCGCUGUGCACUGGGGCCCCUACGAAUGCCUUCCCAGUUCUGCUUCUUGGUCGCGGAUUUCAGGGACUUGCUGCGGCUGGCCUCAAUGUCGUUGUUCGCACUAUUCUUGCUGAUAGAGUUUCUUUGCAAGAAAACGCAAAGAACUGGGCCAUCUUCUCACUCGUCGGUGGUGUCUCGUACGGACUUGGCCCAGUCAUCGGUGGGUACCUCACAAAUUCUGACUGGAGAUGGUGCUUUGCCAUCAACCUCCCUAUUGCCGCCGUCGCUCUGAUCAUAGUCUUCUUUGUCCUACGCAAGGAGCUCCUUGGUCCUCAGCCCAUCCCUGAGCUCAACGAGACCGCUGAAACUGGCCGACGAACGAAAUUCGUCGCUCGACUCAAGACUGUUGAUAUUGGUGGCCAGCUUCUUUUCAUCUUUGGCUUUGGUCUCGUUAUCUUGGCUUUGACUUGGGGCGGUGCGACAUAUUCUUGGUCAUCACCCGCUGUCAUUGUUCCUCUGGUGCUUGGUAUCAUCUUUGCCAGCAUUUUCUGCUACUGGGAGUAUCUUCUUGCUCCUGGAAAUACCAUGGCCGAGAAGCUACCCUGGCAGAGAGCAAUGCUCCCUUGGGAACUAAUCUCAAAUCGUGAUAUUGGACUUCUUUUCUAUUGCGAGUGUGCCACAGGAAUUGGCAUGUAUGCUGUGCUCUAUUUUUGUAACAUCUACUUCAUUGCAGUCAGAGGCUACGACUCUGACAAGGCUGGUGUCCAACUACUCUACUUUGUCCCUGGUCUUGGAGUCGGUGUUUAUAUCUGCUCCUUCAUGUGCAACAAGUGGCCUCGCAUGACGUUUCCCUGUAUCUUUCUAGGAACACUCACCGAAGCUGUCGGUCUGGGCGUCCUUGCAUGGGCUAUCUACGCGAACAGACUGAGCGUCAUCUAUGGAAUGAUGGCCCUUGUUGGUUGUGGUAGUGGUAUGCGUUUCAUGGCUUCGCCACUUCACGGCAUUGGUCUUUUUCGACACUUGCGCGCCUCCGUCAUUGGACUUAUGGCAGUUGCCAUCCCUUUUGGUGGUACUAUCGGCUUGACCAUCAUGUCUACAGUCUUCAACAACACUUCUGGGCUGGACUCGCAUAGCGACUUAAGCAGCGUACAUUCUUCGACUGGUGGUGCAGCAGAUGAACAGGCUGUUCAUCAAGCCAAGAUGGGUGUUGUCUGGGCGUUUGUCGCCGUCACUCCUCUCGUCGCACUGGCAUUCCCAAUUACUUGGUUCAUUGGAAACGUCAAGCUUGGACAAGGUCCCCCUGGAGAGGAUGGUCCUACGGACAUCGUGGUGAAGGGUUCGUAUCUACUCAAGCUAGUACGAGGUCAGGAAAAGUUGAAGAUCGAGAAGAAUGCAUACAGGCUCAACAGCUCGCAUAGUGGAGCAUGGUCAGAAGCUGUAGCUUCUGAUCAGAGCGUCAACGCCUCCAGACCCUUACAGGGUUCCCAUCAGGUAUAA